AUGUACCUCCUCAAUUUAUGGCUUCAUUUGAUGGAGCGGUGCAAACUGGUGCGUGUGUGAAACAUCAUCUGAGGGGAUUUAACUUCAGUCGGGAUCGGGAUUACCUUUGUUACAGGUCUCGGUGAAUCAACCAGCAGAUGCAGUAGACGUCUGGCGCCAUGGCCUCAGAUGCAAGUCACAUGUUAGAAGCAGCCCUGGAGCAAAUGGAUGAUAUUAUUGCCGGCUCUAAGGCUGCGGUUGAGUACAGUAAUGGGCUGUAUGAUCUGGGUUCUCCCGUGAGCGUCGGGCCUCUGCAGAUUCUGCAGUUGGCUGAGGAACUGCGACUGGCUCUGGAGCUGCAGGUCGGAGAGGAGGGCCGUACCUCGCUGCGCUCCCAGCUGCCCUGCAGCACCGCGCAGACCCUUAUGGACUGGCUGGAAAGGGGAUCGGUAAACCAUCAGUCCUCCAGCAACAAUGAGAGCUAUCAGGAGAGGUUGACGAGACUAGAAGGGGACAAAGAGUCUUUGGUUCUGCAGGUGAGCGUCCUUACUGACCAGGUUGAAGCUCAAGGAGAAAAGAUCAGGGAUCUGGAAAGCUCCUUGGAGGAACACCACCAUAAACUCAUUUCUACUGAGGAAAUGCUCCAGCAGGAGCUCCUCAGUCGAACUUCUCUGGAGACGCAGAAACUAGAACUGAUGGAUGAAGUUUCCUGUCUGAAACUCAAGCUGGUCGGUAUGGAGGACACACACAACCACAUCGAUGAAGAGGACAGACAUCAUAAGGCUGAGAGUGUUGUAAACCUAAUAAGUGAACUGCAGGAGCAGAUGUGUAAAUUCCAGGAGGAAAUCAGCACUCGCAUUCAGAAACAGCAGGCCCUCGAGAGCCAGGGGGACGCAGCGGCACGCGAGGCUCAUGACCAGAGCCCCGAUGUGGGCCUCGGUGCCUCGGACGCAGAGGAAUGUGGCUGUCGCUGCAGAGGCGGAGGAGAGAAUGCUUUGCUGCAGGAGCUCCACCUUCUAAAGACCAAAGUUGAUGAACUUGAAGGAGAGAAAUCGCAAUAUGAGAGGAAACUCAAAGCCACAAAGGCCGAGAUGGGCAAACUCCAGCAGCUGCUCGCCGCCAAAGAUGCCGAAAUCCAGCGUUUGCAGAAUCAACUCCUGUCCAGGGGAACCAUCAGCAGUGACAUCACAGAGAUAGAGGAAGUGUAUUUGAGAAAACUGAGAGACAAAUAUCAAGAAUUACAGAGGCUGAGAUCAGGAAUGGAGACGUUGGUAGCUACCAAUAAUGAAAAGGAUCGCCAUAUAGAGGAACUCAUUGCCAUGUUAGGCCAGUACAGAAAAAUGAAAGAUGGCUUAACACUUACUCAAGUGGCUAACGGUCCGUUGCUGAGCGGCAGUAGUGAAGAAGACCUCAGUGGCGGUCGACAAAUCAGAGCCCUGACUCAUAAAGCAUACUCGGAUAUUAUCAGAUCAGAACUGCAGAUGUCUUCACGAGGACCCUCGCCGCUUCUGGUCUCUCCUCCGGGUCUGCAGAGAGAGCUGGACUCCAGGUCGAUUUCACGAAUGCUGUCCACCAGCCUGGAAGAGCUUCAAAGCGGGAGCUUACAGCCGCAUGUGGUGGGACAACCUAUAGAAGCUGUUUUAGAGAAUCGAUAUCAUACAGAAAACAACAAGUACCAGACCCUCCCAGGAAUUUUUUGUCGUCCGGAGCAGAACAGCAUGAGACUGCAGGCGUCUUCACCGCUGCAGCUGUCUCCCGACGAAAGCGAAGGCAGCGAGUUUAACUUAAGACCGCAAGGAAACCAUGAUCAGUUUGUUAUUGGAAAGUCUGAGAAGGCGGAUGACUCAACGCUGUCUGACCUUUCACCCAUAUCAUCUGGGGUCGAUUCAGGCCAGCAGUCGCCUGUUUCGCCAGAAAACAAGAAGAACCAGAAAGGAUUCAGAAAACUUUGGGGAAAGAUCAGAAGAACCCAGUCAGGCAGUCUCCCUGCAGAUUCUGAUUCGGAGUUUAAGAGAGGAGGCUUCAGGGCCACGGCUGGCCCUCGACUCACCUGCCUUGGCAUCGUUGCUUCUCCACGUGAGAUGAACGCUCCCUUCUCAAAGUGGUCAUGUGAUCAGGUCUGUGCUUGGAUGGAGCACUUUGGGCUGGGUCAGUACGCACAUAUGGCCAGACAGUGGGUCACUAGCGGCCAGACACUGCUUUCUGCUUCUCCACAGGACAUUGAGAAGGAGCUGGGAAUAAAACACCCUCUGCAUAGGAAGAAACUUCAGCUGGCUCUGCGCUCCCUUAACACAAAGAUCACAGAGAAAUCUUCUGAACUUGAUCAUGUGUGGGUCACACGUUGGCUGGAUGAUAUUGGUUUACCGCAGUACAAAGACCAGUUUAGUGAAGCACGUGUGGACGGGAGAAUGCUGCAGUACUUAACAGUGAAUGAUCUACUGUUCCUUAAAGUCACUAGCCAACUGCAUCACCUCAGCAUCAAGUGUGCCAUUCACGUCCUGCAUGUGAACAAGUUUAACCCCAACUGCCUGAAGAGAAGACCUGGAGAUGAGAACAUGACAUCGCCUUCUGAGGUGGUUCAGUGGUCCAAUCAUCGCGUGAUGGAGUGGCUGAGAUCGGUCGAUCUGGCAGAAUACGCCCCCAACCUAAGAGGCAGUGGAGUGCAUGGAGGACUGAUAAUUCUGGAACCACGUUUUAACUCCGAAACCCUCGCCAUGCUCCUGAAUAUCAACCCUCAGAAGACUCUUUUGAGGAGGCACCUGGCCACCAAGUUCAACACACUGGUGGGUUGUCAGGCUCAGCAGGAGAAACGAGAGUUCAUGGAAUCACCAGGCUACACGCCGCUGACCACCACAGGAAAAGUCCGGCCUCGUAAAAUGGGUUUCUCCACUUUCGGGCAGCGUAAGAAACGCUGCGAAGACUGCACAGACUACAUUUGCCCUCUGGACGCAUCCCAAGCCCAGGCUCUGCUCAACGGGACCAGCCGGCCCUAUAGCGGCUUCAGGGGUCUGAGCCCCAUCUUUGACAGAGACCCAGAGAGGCGGGAGCAGGUGGGACCCCCACAGAACUGAUGCUGUACUAGCCAUCACCACAGAGCUUGCAGCCAAUAACCCUCCACCCAUAUCCCACAAAUCCACGCCAACCUCCAACACACCCUGCUUUCCUUCAAUGCCAUUAUGUAACACCCCAGCAUCCCUCAUUGAUCUGUCUGGACGCUUCAGAAAGACACUCAAUGGAUCCAAGGGUUCAAUACUGUAUUAUGACAUCAUCUCACCAUGGCAACAUGGUGAUAUUAGAGGGUUGCCCCAAAACAGUGCCACUUUACCUGUGAUGGACAGUGAAAAAUCGUCGAUUAUUUUUGUUAAUUGUUUAAAAAUGUUUUAAUCUGAGCUUUAUCAAACAGGUAUUCCAUUUUUAUAACCUAACACCUACUUUGUGCUGUUUUAAAAGACAAUGAUAUUUAUGCAAUAUUUGCAUAUUUUAGGGAUUUAUUUAAUGGUAUAUUUAUGUUGGUGAAUUUUAAAUACACACGCAAAAUACUUCACGUUCGAAAACUGCACAUUUUGACAAAUGUGACUUACCUGGUUAUUUUCAUACAAUAAAAUGUAGAAUGAUAUUUUUAUAGGUAGAAAUCUUGACUCUUCUGUUAAUGAAGAGCUCUUGUCUGUUCGUUGUAAUGAUAUAUCUCAAAACUAUUGUGACAUACAGACGAUCAAUAAACCUCAUCAACCACUGAUAUUUGCAGUGUUUUU